ACAACGCUAAAAUUUUGUCUUCUGGUCCUGAAAAGACUGACCUUCCGAGAUGUUCAAUUGGCGAUAUUGUCUUUAACAAUUUGAAAAAAUUUGGAACGAAAACUGCUCUGAUAGACGCAUUUUCCGGCAAUAUCUUAAGCUUUCGCGACGUAUUGGAAAAAUCUGUUAAGCUGUGUUCCAUCUUCAAGAAGCUUGGUAUUAAAAAAGGGGAUAUUAUAUCUGUAUUAAGCGAAAAUGAUAUUCAAUAUUUUAUCCCUUACAUCGCAUGCUUAUACACUGGAGUAAUUGUUAACAAUUUAAGUCCUAAUUAUACUACGUUUGAACUAACCAGUUAUUUAGGACAAACUAAUACAAAACUGAUUUUCUGCUCAGAGAAAGCUUUCAAUACUUUAUACGAAAUAAAGAAGACAUUGACUAACAUCCGUAUGAUAAUCUUGUUCAAUGGGGAACCGCAAAGGGAUGCAACCAAUUUGGAAAGUAUCUUAGAAUUAGGUGACUUUAAUUUAGAAAAGUUCGAACUGGAGAAGAUCGACCCCAAAGUGGAUAUUGCUUUGAUCCUUUAUUCUUCCGGAACUACAGGUAUGCCGAAAGGGGUUCUCCUGACUCAUGCGAAUUUAAGGAUGCCGUUUGUUUACAUGGGGUCUGAUGGUUUUGAAUCGAACUUAUCCGAUAUUUACGUCCAAGUCACUCCUUGUACUCAUAUCAUAGGUACAAUGAUGUUUGGGGCAGUUUUUGGAUACGGAAGCACUCUAAUUUUCCUCAAGAAAUUUGAACCUGAAAUGUUAUUGAAAACAAUAGAAAAAUAUAAAGUUAACAAGGUUAUGUUUGUUCCGCAAAUUAUACUUUUCUUGAUCAAAACAAAUUUGUUGGAAAAAUAUGAUAUAUCUACGCUGACUAAAUUCUACUGCGGAGGCGCUAUGUUGAAUAAAGACACAGUAGAUCAGUUUUUGAACAAAAUGAAAUAUUGCAAAUUGCAACAAGUUUAUGGUCUGACGGAGACCACUGGAGCUACAAUUAUGAGUCCCAAGGAUGAUAAUACCGGAAGCAUCGGAAAGAUAAUGCCAAAUAAUCGUUGCAAAAUAGUUGACAUUUUGACUGGAAAAGCGGUGGGACCUAAUGAAAUCGGCGAGAUUUGUAUCAUAGGAGAUUCUAUCUGCAAUGGAUAUCAUAAUAGGGAGGAUGCCACUAGGGAACUUAUCGAUGAUGACGGCUUCGUACACACUGGAGACGUGGGAUAUUACAAUGAAAAUGAAUUAAUUUACGUCAUCGAUAGGAUCAAGGAUAUCAUCAAACAUAAGGGAUUUCAAGUUUCACCAGCUGAAAUUGAGACAGUUUUGAUGCUGCACGACAGCGUGGAAGACGUAGGUGCGAUAGGUAUACCAGAUCAGAGGUCGGGUGAAGCUCCAUGUGCAUUUGUCGUACUUAAAGAAGGACAUACCGUUUCACCUGAAGACCUAAUAUCAUUUACAAAAAAUUAUCUGAGUUCUUACAAAAUUCCAAAGCAAAUUAUUUAUAUUGAUGAGAUACCGAAAAACCAAAUCUGCAAAAACAAUAGAAAGAAAUUACUUGAGUUGUGGAAAACUAUGAAUGUAUCAAAAUAAUUUAUGAAAUUGUUCUUAUUGGUGUCGGUUUUGUAUAAGAAAUAAAUAGUUUGUUAAU